UUAAAACCUGGUCCGCAUACUACCAACGACAGUUCAUCCGAUCGAAUCGAUUCCAGCCAACAGUGUUAUUUAACGGAAGCAAUAAAAAAACGUAAACGAUGUAAUCUCACAAUCAAUAAUAUUAAACAAAAAGCAAUUUAGCGGACAUCGUUAAAACAAAGUUUUAAUUAAAAAAAAGAAAAAAAAAAUACAAAUCAAAACUAAAUAUUUACAAAACACCGAGCUGCCGUUCGAUUUGUAUUCGACGGUUGGUAUCCAGAGCGACGCUUCGGACGGCAUUUGACAUACGUACAUAACACAGAGCACACGGUACAUGGGAAACUGUUAACAUUAAGCUGAUGAAGGAUGGGUUAAUUAAAGAGCAUAGACACGACCAGUCUGAUGGACCAAAAAAGAGCAAUGAGCCCCCGACCUGCCCAAUCGUCGCAUUAAUUGAUUUAAACCGACGGAAACGAGGAGUGUUGCGCACGUUCGUUACGCUACGAUACGAACCAACAUCCUGAUUUGGUCGGCUUAAAAGCACAACUUCCAAAAAGAAACCGCCUCCAGGGGAAGGCUCCGGAUCUAAAUGCCACCCCGCCAUGGAGGCAGACCAAUGCGAUACGCGGAAAGCGUGCAGCAAGCUCAGUUAAGCUAUCAGAGAACAACCAUUGGCGAUGCUGCGCCAAUCGCAGCGCGAGGUUUCGUGUUAGUCGAGGUUUUUUUGUUUGGCCCGUGAGGCGUCUCGAGCGCUGGCUCAUUCGGCCGCGCGCCGCCCUGGCGUUCGUAUUGUCCGCGACGAUGUAUUGUGAUUGUGAUAUGUGCCACUGAUUUGUGCCGUUCGUUACGGAACUGUGCCGUGAAAGCAUGAUGCCUCUCGCACCGACCCCUGUGGUGGCGGUGCCAUCUAAGCCGAAGAUAGGAUUCAGUAUCGACAGUAUAGUCGGCGGGUCGGAGAGACCGAAGCAGUCGUCGCCGCCGCUCGCGAGCCCGGGUUCCCCGUCCCCGGUGGCGUCUCCGCGGAGUCCGUCCCCGCGACCCUUACUGCGGCCGAGUGCUCUACCAGCUGUGUUCCCGUCGCCCGAGAUCAAGAGGCUGCCGUAUUUGGACGCUCAGAGCCAUCACCACCAGUUCCUGGCGCAUUUCCAGGGCGCUGCACUGGCGGCCGCCUUGGCCCACCAGCAGCAGGGCUUCGGAGCUCCCCUCCCGCCCCACCCGCCGCCUCACCCCGCCGCUCCCGUGCCCAGGGAGUCAUAUCAGCUCUAUCCCUGGCUCAUCAACAGACACGGAAGGAUAUUCCCGCACAGAUUCCCCGGCGGUCCAGAUAUCCCGGGGUUUCUGCUGCAGCCGUUCCGGAAGCCGAAGCGUAUUAGAACCGCCUUCUCACCAUCACAACUCCUUAAACUGGAGCACGCGUUUGAAAAGAACCAUUACGUGGUGGGAGCGGAAAGGAAACAGCUCGCUCAAGCUCUUAGUCUCACUGAGACGCAGGUGAAGGUCUGGUUUCAAAACAGAAGAACGAAACACAAAAGAAUGCAACAGGAAGAAGAAGCGAAGACCGGAAACAAAUCCGGUUCGAGUAACACAAAGCCUGACAACUUCAACAACUCCUACGAGGAAGAAGAUGAAGAACUCAUAGACAUGGACAUGGACGAACUCAGUGAAAGUGAGAACGAGACGUAGAAGAGAAUAAGAGUUAUAAAGAGUUAGAGUGAUAGGACACUAUGUAAAUAUAAUGUAAUAUUAAUAGAUAAUUAUUUAUUAUUAAUUGCCAUUUGUACAUGCUUAAUAAAAGCUUAAUAUAAGACGUAAAUCGUAUAAUUUAUUUCACGGACAUUUGUUAUGGGCAUGUCAUUGAAAUUCAAAAUGGCGCCCUCUUAUAAUUAUUAGACACGAAAUGGUGGUUAUAGUUUUUUUUUUCUGUAUUAAAUUAAUUAAAAAAUACCAUCUUUGAUUAGUGAUGAGGGUAUAAUUAGUUUAGAUUUUGGCCGGUGAUACCGCGAGCUGUCAUCGUUAGAGCGAGAUGGCUGUGGACAUGUAUGGGUCAGAGCGAGAGGCGAGAUUGAGAUGGUCUCUAGAGAAAUAUCUAAGGUUGAAAUCUCCCGGUAAUUGCUCUAAACAAAAUUGUUUUUAAACUGUUGACGAUUGUUCUCCACGGCUAUUUGUCUAGUCGAUGAUUAUGAUCGGAUAGCUUUCACUAUUGUUUUUUUCUAUGGCUAUGAUAAGGUUAUUUUUCAUUGCCCAUAGAUAGAGAUUUUUGGUUUUGUUUUGACAGCGAAAUAUAGACGCUGGUUUGACGGCUUCGGAUUAAAAAAAAAAAUAAACGUCAGUCUGUCGGAAAAAAGGUUUUAAUUCCAUCUAAGAAACAAAAGUUAAUAAAAUCGAAAUCUGGGUGGCGUACAAACAUUCCGUAAUUUAAACGUGAUUAUAAGCCUAAUUUAUAUUUACCUUUCCCUCCUUUGUUGGAUGAUUUAUGGCGUAUCGGUUUCCACUCCAAAUGGUAUACCACAACGCCUUGUUAUUACCAGAAUUAAUGCUCGUAUAUUAUAUACAAUUGGUUCUGAACAACCUCAUACAAGCUGUACCCAUCGGGUAUCGGGAGUCAUUCGAUUAUAACGUAAUAUUAUACAAUUGUCAAAACAAAGUCAUGAAAUAUAAAUAAUAGUUGUUAUAAAAUAAUCUUUAUUAUUUAUUACCAUAGAGAGCACAGCAUUAAUAUGAAUUGAAGGAAUAGUCAUUAAAAAUGAUUCCGUAUUUCUCAUUUCUCGGUCAAUUUACCGCCAUUUUGAUUAUCGUUUUUCAUUAAGUGUUUCUGUUUUGCGACCAUGUCGAUAUUUAACGAGCCCCCGUUUAAUUACCGACGUCUUGAUUGUUUAUAUUUGCUGAUUAGCUGAAUUAUUCCUUCAUUUUAAACGACUUACUCACUCAUACUUAAAUAGUUAAGGGCUAUGAAGUGGCGGUGUUCGGUAUAGGUUACCUUUAUGCACUACGUAGUUAUCUUUUGAAAAUUUAUCCAGUGAUUGUCUCAAUUAAUCUGACGCUUGGCAAAAUGUAACUGAAAUGUUUUAAAUUUAGUAAUAGAGGACAUAAAUUAGUAAUAGUUAUUGUACAUAAGAAAAAAACUAAAACAUUGUUACUUAAGGUAUCGCAUACUAUAUCAUAAGCAAUGACCGCCAUUUUGUUUAUAUUAUAUCAAUAAUGAAUGUUUUAAAAGAAAUUUAAUAAAAUAUCUGUAACCCAGUUCCUUUAGGUUACUUUUGAUGUUAUAUUGAUAUUGUGCAAAAAUAUUUUUUGUUUGUUUCCGAACGUAACGUUAAUGUCAAAAAUUAUAAUGUAUUUCAGCGAACAUUUUAAUGAUAGUUUCCCGUCUUGAAAUUUCAUAUUUAAUUUCUGUAUAAUAAUAUAAAAUAAAAUUAUUAUGUUAAUAUAUGGAGCCAUUUUGAAAAUAUCCGAAUAUUAUGAUGUAUUUAUUUAAUUUUUUUUUUCAUAAAUAGGACACAGAGUAGUUAAAAACUUCAUACAGUGUGUUAAUAUAAAACUGACAGUUAUCAAGUAUUUAAUUUAAACAACUACAAAACUAUUACUACUUACUAAAACAGGAAACUGAUGUUUCAAACUAUCCUAGUAAGUGUUCCGUAACUAAUUGUAACUAUCAAAGUAUUCGUUUAGGUUACUAUAAUGAAAGUUAUUUCACAACAAACCAAUAGUUUAUAUCUCCAGAUCAGUCUGUGAGGGUGUACAUAUUAUUUAUUGUCGUGAUAAAAUCGGUGUAUUGUUUAACCGAUUUCUAUAUUACGACCGAUUUUAGUUUUAAUAUGGUGGAUAGUAACUUAAAAAAGUAUUAAUAGUGCUGGAUUAUUCAGUGGUUUAGUGUUGUGCCCUGAGCUCAAUUCGAAGGUUCGAACUAUGUACAAUGUCCAGUGCUGUAAUGUUCCUUUAAACUUGUUUACUAUAAGAUUAUUGUAAAUAAAAACAUAUAGUGAAUGUACAUUUUAUUAAACUAAACAACUGUAUAUAUAUUUAUGUAAGUCUGUGUGUAUAAAGGGUCCUUACGUGUUACGGAUCGUCUAACCAGACGGACGGUAAAGUUUUUCAUUAACUUCGCAAGUGAUAAUGUGAGUUGUGUAAAUACUCAAAACUGUCCGUAUGUAGUUGACGUUACGAACUAGUAUUAAGGCAGGUAGUUCUUGAUGUGAAUGUACCCGUUGUUCUGUAGAAUAAACGAACGAGU